UUAUAUCGCGUGAGCUUGCAAACCUAAAAUACAUCAGUAACAUCUGUUCAUUGUUUCUGUUCACGAUAAGAACCGACAAAGUUGAUCGACAUCAUUCCGUUUACUAUUUAUAAUAACAUCUAAAAUACAUGUAUUGAGAGUAAAAGCAAAUUAUCUGUAAUCCAAUCAAAAAAUGGUUAACUUGACAGCUCCUAGUAACGCAAUGGCAAAGUAAUAAAAAACAAAAACAGUGCCACACUAUUUCAGAAAGCUAUCGACAUACUUAUAAAAUUUCCAUGCAAAGGAAGAGGAAAGCAGUAACAGACCCCUUGGGCUCUCCUAAAUUCAUCUGUGCACUAAAUUUGUAUAUUUCCAAUUUUAUUGAAACGGAAGCGUAUGAUAAUCCUGAAGCCAAUGCAGCUGGGUUUUUUUGGAGAACCAAUCAAAAUUUACUUCCUAAUAUGGAAUUAAUUAUACGCAAGACUGUCACGCGAGUGCUUUGGAAAACCCAUUAUUGCAGUGUAAAUGAAGUGCUAACUUUUUUACUUUCCCGUAUUCUGUGCCCGUCCCGAAAAUUGUGUGAUCUUUAAUGGCUGCAACUUCGAAUCACGUGUAAGUCAGGUUGGAUUGAACAAGCAGAAAAAAGAUGGUGCGUCAGCAAAGCUUACCGCAUAGAGGAGGAAAAAGUCAAGGCUGUGCUCCAGCUUACAGCACUCGCUGUUUAAAAGAAAAUGUUGUUACAUGUAAAUUGGGCACUACUAGGCGCGUGUUGAUGUUCAAAGAUCGUUCCACAGGAAUUCAAAUGUAACAUAAUCCUUGACUAUGAAUGUGACAAGCUGCACAUUAAUUUGUCGAUUUUAACAUCUUUUGAAAAUAGCAUUAAAAUUUUUUCUUCAAAUUAGGAUGGUUCAUUAGUAAGCUUUUCAAAAGAAGUUGUUUCUUCUGCUCUGACAGGGGUAAAAGUACAGUCGGCAACGUGAAAGAAAGGUUUUGUUCUCGCGGAACGAACGGACGUUAGGCCGCGAGCAAAGCGAGUUUAUAAUAAUUAUUUUGUCGCACGCAUGCAAGGAUCGCAAGCGAACUGUGAUUUCGCUUUGGUCAUAAAUCUUUCUAUCGGUUUGGUAUCCGCAGUUGCCUAGCAACAAGCCAUAAACAAAUCCUAAAGGUGCCAUUCAACAUGACGUCAUCGUGUACUUUGGGUUUCCAGGCAACACGUCCAGCGACUUGGGCUCAUUUUAUUCAUCCUCUAUUUAUAUAUUGUACUUUGGUGAAUCGCAAAGUAUUUCUUGGGCAAAUAACAGCAGGCUGCAAACACAACACUGCCCGAUUAGACAAGUGGCUGGAAAUCCUUGCCGUGGAAGGUUUAGCACAGAAAGAACGGUGACCUGAACUUCAGCGAGAGCAGCAAAGAAGAAGACCAGUCCGUUAAUCGAGCGGCCUCAUGAUAAAGCCCGAGAGUUUUGCAAAAAUGUAUUUGUAGUAUGUUAAAAAAUCUCUGAAUAAACACGGAGUCCCCUCAGUUUUAUGAAAAGUAAAUAUUUUUACCUGUUUUUACUUCUCUGUCUGCUAGGCUAGAACAUAACUUAAGAUUUUUAUUGUGAUUGAUUUUUAUUGUGUUUGUCACUGUCGUCGCUGUUGUCAAUGUUCUCGCUGUUGUCACUGUUGUCGCUGUUGUCACUGUUGUCGCUGUUGUCACUGUUGUCACUGUUGUCGCUGUUGUUACUGUUGUUGCUGUUGUCACUGUUGUCAGUGUUGUCGCUGUUGUCACUGUUGUCACUGUUGUCGCUGUUGUCACUGUUGUCUCUAUUGUCACUGUUGUCACUGUUGUCGCUGUUGUCGCUGUUAGCACUGUUGUUGCUGUUGUCACUGUUGUCGCUGUUGUCACUGUUGUCACUGUUGUCGCUGUUGUCACUGUUGUCACUGUUCUAGUGUUGUCGCUGUUGUCACUGUUGUUGCUGUUGUCACUGUUCUCACUGUCGUCGCUGUUGUCACUGUUGUCGCCGUUUUCACUGUUGUUGCUGUUGUCACUAUUGUCACUAUUGUCACUGUCGUCACUGUUGUCACUGUUGUCGCUGUUGUUGCUGUUGUCGCUUUUGUCACUGUUAGCACUGUUGUCACUGUUGUUGCUGUUGUCACUGUUAGCACUGGUGUCACUGUUAGCACUGUUCUCACUGUUGUCGCUGUUGUCACUGUUUUCAUUGUUGUCACUGUUUUCACUGUUGUCGCUGUUGUCACUGUUGGCAGUUUUGUCGCUGUUGUCACUGUUGUCAGUGUUGCAGCUGUUGUCACUGUUGUCGCUGUUGUUGCUGUUGUCACUGUUGUCGCCGUUGUUGCUGUUGUCGCUGUUGUCGCUGUUGUCACUGUUAGCACUGUUGUCGCUUUUGUCAUUGUUGUUGCUGUUGUCACUGUUAGCACCUUUGUUACUGUUGUCACUGUUGUCGCUGUUGUCACUGUUGUUGCUGUUUGCACUUUUAAUUAGCACUGUUGUCACUGUUGUCCCUGUUGUGGCUCUUGUUGCUGUUGUCACUGUUGUCUCUGUUGUCACUGUUGUCAGUGUUGUCGCUGUUGUUACUGUUGUUGCUGUUGUCACUGUUGUCACUGUUGGCGCUGUGGUCACUGUUGUCGCUGUUGUCAGUGUUGUCGCUGUUGUCACUGUUAGCAUUGUUGUCGCUGUUGUCACUGUUGUCGCUGUUGUCACUGUUGUUGCUGUUGACACUGUUUCCACUGUUGUCACUGUUGUCGCUGUUGUCACUGUUGUCACUUUUGCCAGUGUUGUCGCUAUUGUCACUGUUAGCACUGUUGUUGCUGUUUUCACUGUUGUCAGUGUUGUCGGUGUUGUCAAUGUUGUCGCUGUUGUCACUGUUGUCGCUGUUGUUGCUGUUGUCGCUGUUGUCGAUGUUGUUGCUGUUGUCACUGUUGUCAAUGUUGUCGCUGUUGUCACUGUUGUCGCUGUUGUCGCUGUUGUCACUGUUGUCCCUAUUGUCACUGUUGUCACUGUUGUCGCUGUUGUCACUGUUGUUGCUGUUGUCACUGUUAGCACUGUUGUCGCUGUUGUCACUGUUGUCACUGUUGUCGCUGUUGUCACUGUUGUUGCUGUUAUCACUGUUGUCGCUGUUGUCACUGUUGUCACUGUUGUCGCUGUUGUCACUGUUGUCACUGUUGUUGCUGUUGUCGCUGUUGUCACUGUUAGCACUGUUGUCGCUUUUGUCAUUGUUGUUGCUGUUGUUGUUGUCACUGUUGUCACUGUUGUCACUGUUGUCACUGUUGUCGCUGUUGUCGCUGUUGUCACUGUUAGCACUGUUGUCGCUUUUGUCAUUGUUGUUGCUGUUGUCACUGUUAGCACCUUUGUUACUGUUGUCACUGUUGUCGAUGUUGUUGCUGUUGUCACUGUUUUCGCUGUUGUCGCUGUUGUUGCUGUUGUCACUGUUGUCAGUGUUGUCGCUGUUGUUGCUGUUGUCACUGUUGUCACUGUUGUCGCUGUUGUCACUGUUGUUGCUGUUGUCGCUGUUGUCACUGUUGUCGCUUUUGUCAUUGUUGUUGCUGUUGUCACUGUUGUCACUGUUGUUGCUGUUGUCACUGUUGUCACUGUUGUCGCUGUUGUUGCUGUUGUCACUGUUGUCUGUUGUCGCUGUUGUUGCUGUUGUCACUGUUGUCACUGUUGUCGCUGUUGUCACUGUUGUUGCUGUUCACUGUUGUCACUGUUGUCACUGUUGUCACUGUUGUCGCUGUUGUCACUGUUGUCGCUGUUGUCACUGUUGUCACUGUUGUCGCUGUUGUCGCUGUUGUCACUGUUAGCACUGUUGUCGCUUUUGUCAUUGUUGUUGUUGUUGUUGUCACUGUUGUCGCUGUUGUCGCUGUUGUCACUGUUGUUGCUGUUGUCACUGUUGUCACUGUUGUCGCUGUUGUCACUGUUGUCGCUGUUGUCACUGUUGUCACUGUUGUCACUGUUGUUGCUGUUGUCGCUGUUGCCACUGUUAGCACUGUUGUCGCUUUUGUCAUUGUUGUUGCUGUUGUCACUGUUAGCACCUUUGUUACUGUUGUCACUGUUGUCGCUGUUGUCACUGUUGUUGCUGUUCGCACUUUUAGCACUGUUGUCGCUGUUCUCCCUGUUGUUGCUCUUGUCGCUGUUGUCACUGUUGUCGCUGUUGUCACUGUUAGCACUGUUGUUGCUGUUGUCACUGUUGUCCCCUUUGUCUCUUGUGUCCCCUGGGUUUCUUUUGUCCCUUUUGUCCCCUGUAUCCUCUUGUGUCCCCUGUGUCCCCUUUUGUCUUCUGUGUUCGCAGUGUCCUUUUUGUCCCCCGUGUCCCUUGUGUCCCCUUGUGCUCCCUGUGUCCCCUUGUGUCCCCUUGUGUCCCCUGUGCUCCCUGUUUCCCUUGAGUGCCCUGUGUCCCCUUGUGUCCACUGUGUCCUCAUGUGUCCCCUGUUUCCCCUUUUGUCCCUUGUGUCCUCUGUGUCCCCUGUAUCCCCUUGUGUCACCUGUCUUUUGUGUUCCCCGUGUUCCUUGUGUUUCCUGUUUCGUCUGUGUUCCCUUGUGUUGCUUGUGUCCCGUUGUUUCCCUUAUGUUCCUUUUGUCUCCUUGUGUUUCCUAUGUCCACCGUGUCCCCCCUUUCCCUUGUGUCCCUUGUGUCUUCUUUUCCAUUUAAUAAACAUGAAAUAUUCGGUGGCGUUGCACUUUUUUUCAUAUGGUGCAAAAACUUGGAUGGGUUCAUUGCUUUCAUAUGACAACAUGUGGGUUGUUUUUGGCACGCAUAGGAGGUCAAAGGAUGUGAUUUUUUAUAAAAAUAAAAAUUCUGCCUGACUUGUUUAGAAAAUAAUUUGUUUGAUUUUUGUUGAUUAACCAACAGCUCACUGAUUUAUUAAUUUGGCCAACUUGGGGGCCCGGACACCCCAGCUAAAAUGUUUGGGAGCUUGAAGGGCUCCCCGAAAGUUUAAUUUGGGUGACCAUCUUUUAGGCCUUGGCAUCCCAGCUAAAAUGUGGUCUCCCUGAAAAUUUUCCUUAGAGCAUAGCCUUGCGCCCUGUAGUUAUUGGAAGUCUGAUACACUUGAGACAUGCUAUUGUUGAAUCUGGAAGUGCAUUUAUUGAGGAUAUUAGUAAAGCCGGAAUGCAAUACUACCCAUACACUUAACAUAUGUGGUUGUAAUAUUGAUGUAACUUUUGUUUUGAGGAGCAAAGGAACCCUUGUGUUUAACUCAUCUUCUAGUGUAUUUAACAGAACAUCUCCGUCUCUCCUGCUCACAUUUGUUGUUGAUACACUGCUCAACUUUCCAAUACCAUUCUACGUAACUCUUACUUACACCAACACAUCCCGCGUAAACGCCUUCAGGCGUCUUCUUUGUUAACUUAUUGACGAAAGCUAGCACGCACUCUGAAGAGUAUGCGUCAACAAUACGCAACUUUUUUUUUCACCUCAUAGUUUUCUAAGUUGGCUUUCUUAAUAUUAAGAUCUAGAGCAAUGUACAAAGGCCGUUCAAAAUAACAUGUAAAAUGUAUUAUUACAGUGCACACUGAGAUGGAAAAGCCACUUAAUAUUGAGCAAGAUACCUUUUUUACAGAAAGUUUACGCAAAUAAAAUUACUUUUUGAACGUCAUAGGGUUGCUUGGUGCACACAAAUGACAGCAGACUCACUGGCUUCACUACCUGUAAAUGUAAAUAUUUUUGCCUGUUUAUCAUGUUAUACCAAAUUAUGUACAUGGCUCAGAAUGUACUAUUGGACAAUUCUAGAAAAUAUCCAUACCAUACAUACCACGGGCCUCUUCCACAUUUCAAUCCCUCCCCCUUCCCUCCAUGCCCUCAGAAUUCAAUAACUGUUACCCCCCCUCCCCUCCACCCCUCCCAUUUAGAUUUUCCAUUUUGAACUUAAACUCUUUGGAAUUACCGGCGGGGUCCACAAGUAUGCCCAAUUUGGCUUAUUUUGUGCCAAAAUACUUGUGCACUCCAGUGCAGCUGGUUACGGAGGGAUGAGUCAUUGUGACUCCAGAAAUUCUGGAAUGAAAACUUUAAAAAAGUAGAACUUUUCUCCUCAACGCUAUUUAACAGAUGCAACCUACAUUAACUUUCAGGGUUCGCAGUCUUCAAACGUCCUUGAAUUUCCAGUCAUGUAGAGUGUGCCAAACUGACCCGACCAAAAUUGGAUGAACCUCUGUAGACUUAUCUCUGACCUUUUGUCAUUUAGUGAGUUAAAACAGGGGGCUGAUCCAAUUCAUGAAUCCAAUCCACGUCUCGUUAAUGCAGUUGUCAUCUUUAAAAGGUCUUUACUUUUUUACAGUUAUCUGUAAAUGCACCCCCUGGAGUUUGGGUCUGCAGCACAGACAUGAUGCUUACUGUUUCAGCUGACACAAGUAUGUGGUAUUUUUAUCUGUACAUGUAUAUGUCGCUGUUCAAUUUUGUCCUUGGUUUAAAUUUUAUUUUUGUUUGAUUUUGGGUAUAGUAUUACAUCAUAUGAUAAUGAUUUUGAAACAAAAGAAAAUAAAAUGUAAACCAAGGAUAAAAUUAAACCACAACAUAUACAUGUAAGAUUAAAUUUUUAAAUUAUUGAAUUUGAAUUUGUGCUUUUUAUAUAAAAGGAAUACAAGGCUUGGCUCUCCAGUACUUAAGUGAUCUAGCUAACAUUCCUACUCUCCAUUGCGUAGCUUGCAGCCCUCAUUUAAUCUUAGAGCAUACGGAUAUAGAUCCUUUAAGGUUUGUGCUCCAAGACUUUGGAAUUUGGUCCCUUUUUACAUUAAAUCAAGCCCUGCUUUUGACAUUAAUUUUUUAAGAAAUGACUUUAUUAAAGACAUAUCCUUGUUAAGAAAGCUUUUCAUUGAAUCUUUUAUUAAUUUUAGCUUCUGUGGACUUUCCGACGAUAGUUUGUAGUUAGUUUUUUCUUUUACUUUUUAGAUAUUAAAUAACUUGUAAAGCGCCUUUGUAUGCCUUCAGAAAAGGCACUAUAUAAAUUAUAUUAUUGUUUAUGAUAAUAAUAAUAAUAAUAAUUAUUAUUAUUAUUAUUAUUACUAUUAAUAUUAACCCUUUCAGCCCUAAAAUGUCCAGAGUGAUCUCCAUAAAUUUAAAGAAUUAGAGGAAAGAAUUUAAUGAAAGAUCCAUCACCCAUAAUUUGACCAGGCGCUGCGUGCGUUUUGACCUUCUGUCACGUGAAACUUUUGUGACGCUCAGCACUAGAGCAUUGAGUGUUUUGACCUUUGACCAAUCUCAGGCGCAUGGAAUGGUAAAUUCAAGACUUUGCGAGACGCAAAGUCACCCAAAAACAACACUUGGAGACCCACGUUUUUCGAGCAACCAUUCUAUACCCUUAAUCUUGCCUGUGCUCUCUAAUCUUUGGUUAGCACCAGUUUAAAGGCUCCUUCUACACCCCAAUCAGCCAAUGAUAAGCUUAAAAAAAUUUAACACAGAGCCAAAGUUGAAUUUGGUGUUAAUUUAUUCAUGGUGUUUCCUGUGUUAGUGAGAAAGCUUUACAGUCUCUUUUGUGUAUCUUGGUUUUCAUUGUCAGGAAUUGAUUGGCAGAAGUGUUCAGAUGGCAUAGCUAUGAUUCUGUUUCCAGGGGAUAUGGAUUAUGCAAAGGGUCAUGGAUGUGCAAAACUGGGGAAAGAGGUAUUAUGGUCAUUUGAAAAUUACCUUCCAUUUAACUUCAGCUUUUUAAGAUAGAAUCCAUCACGAAAUUGAGUAGUUUUAAUUUUCAGUGGACAAAAACCUUUAACUAGAAUAAUUUGAAGCAUGUUGCAUCUGUUUUUACACUUUCAAAUAGGACCAUAGAUGUAAUUAGUUAUCUGUAAUAACACCAAAGAAAAUUUCUUAUGUGAAACCGAGGAAAUAUAUUUCAAAUUUCACAAAAUGAAAGCUUCUGCAUGAAAUUUUACCUGCAUUCUCACAAUUCCUGUGAAAUUUGAAAUUUAUUUCCUUGGGCUCUUAUAAGAAAUUGUCUUUGGUGUUAUUACAGAUAACUAAUUAAUAUAUCUAUAGCCCUUUAAAAGUGUUAAAAAGAAUACGAUAUGCUUGAAAUUACUCUGGCACUGGAGCACUGAACAAUCAUUCAGACCUUUUUUACAUGCAUGAGGUUACUUCUUUUACAGGGACAGGUUAAAGAUAUCAUCUUUAAAGGAAACGAAGAAGAAAUGAGGAGCUGCACACUUGCUAAUGGCAAAAUUCCCAUGGUGAGUAACUGCAAAGUGUAAGAGUCAGAGCACGUGAGGUGAGGUGAAGUUUGGGAAGGGAACGAAGGCUUAGUUCUCUUUGACAAAAACGUUGCUUCACACAUUGCACCGUCUUCCUGUAAACAAGCAUUUUGAUAAAAUUGGACACUUUCCAUCUGUUAUACUGCCAGGACAGCUAGAGCAGGGGUACAUCCCUUUGCCAUGACCAUUGAGAAUGAGAUUUAAGCCCCAAUAUCUGGGGACGUUUAAAUUCUCCGGACUGAUCUAGAGAUGUAAUUUUGUAAAAGAUCGAAGCAUUUUCCCAUUUUGGUGAUCGUUUUCUGAUUGUGUAUUAUUUAAUUCUCCUAUCCUUUUUUCUUGAUUAUGUAUUGAUAUUAUUAGGAGAAAAUGGUUGUUGAAAACUCUUGAGACUUUUAGGGCUAAAUGUGCAGAUUGGUAUCCUGGUGAGUUUAACAUAAUGUGCCAAAGUUCAUGUACAUGUAAGCUUCAUCUAAGGCCCAUUAGUUCUUAACAUAUAGUCUAAGUUCCCGGGGGGGGGGGGGUUACUUGGGUAAAUUUUUGCUGGGUAUGUGCCGCUGGCCUCUCAGAGCCCCUACCCCAUUAUAGUCUAUUCUGUGGCCAUAUUAUAGACCCCAUGUUAGUCACUUUGGGAAAAAAGUAAUUUUGGCAAUCCCAACUUGGUCACUUUCUGUUUAUGACUCUACCUUUUUAUAAAGCCUUUCAACUUGGUCAUCCUGAUUUGUUAAACUUAUUGUGGUGCGAAUAUUUCUAUUUUUAAAUCCCUACAUACCUGGAUUUUCUGACCCCCAAAAUCCUGAAAAUGUGCGACCCGAUUCUUGUAGCUUUUGUAAAAAUGCAACCCCAUAAUAGUAAACCCAGUCGUGAAAAUGUGACCCCAUCCAGCUGCUGCUUUAGGUCUCACUGGUUUUUCUUAUUUGCUGUUUGUCAGGUUAGUGGUUUGAUUUAUAUUAACAUCAAAACUGCCAAGAGAAUCGUAGGUUUAUAUGCCUAUGCUCCUCUUGAUGCCUGCACUUAUUAUGGACUGGACAACGGGGCGGAUCCUAUACAGGUGAGUAGACUCACAGGUACCUCAAGCUCACGAGUGAGGAUCAUUGUUGCAUAAUAGAAAUACUUAUUACAAACGUUUGUAUGGGUAUUUUAACGAUUGUUAUUUAGGGGUCAAAAAUAUAAUCCAGUACCCUACCCAGGGUACCCAGUAAUGCUGUAUGUGGAGGGACGGAAGGUUAGAUCACAGGCCGCCCAGACUCUAUAUAUGAGAGUUCGUUAGAAUUUGAAUUUUAUAAGAUCGUUGUGAUUUGAAUAUUACAGAGAACGUAGAGCCACUUGGAAGCCGUUUUAUUGAGUUUUAGAUUUUGAUUUGCAAACAGACAGUAAAACACACGACACAAACACAAGUUGAGUUAUUUUCAUUGCCAAUUUUUUUUAAAAAAAUGUAAUUCAGAUCGUAUUUUGUUUAUUUUCAAACGUUCUCUCCCAUAUUGAGUCUGGGCUACCUGUGGUUAGAUAAAACUGGCUAGCUCUCCUCCCCCAAAUUAAAUAGCUGGGGGAAAUGGGGGAUCGAAGGAGGAACCUGAAGCCAAUUAAAAAUAUUAUAUGUGGAGACGUGUUUUAAGGUGACUCGAUAUAGUUUUUCAAGGUCAAUACCUCCCAAGUUUGAGCGUAAACUACGUCGCCAUAAACAAAGAUUUGGAAAAAUUAACACCACAGUUGUAUUAGAUAAAGAUGAAACUUUGUUAUGAUCAGGGUUGCAAUGACAUCGUAGAUGUCAUGGCAACGAAUUGACGCCAUUACCUAUUUGUAUAGGUAAUCACAUGAUUUCGAGUGCAAUUUGGAAUAAAUAAGCACGAGUAAAUUUUUUCAAAGGCUAACAAAUUGCACGAGCCCGUAGGGCGAGUGCAAUUUGUGGUCUUUGAAAAAAUUUCCGAGUGCUUAUUUAUUCCAAAUUGCACGAGAAAAAUUAUGUGAUUACUUAUUAAUAAUAUUCAUGAAAAAAUUGCGAGAUAGCUUUAAAAUCUCUUUAAUAGGAAGUCAACCCGCGUAAACUGCGUGCAAAAAUAAAUUAUUCAAAUGCUGCAAUUAUCAUCACACGUGCAGUCAAAACAACAUUUUGCUUGAUGUUUUUAAAGUUUGCAAGCUGCAGAAACGGGCUGAACAGUUCAUGGAAUUGUUCAAUGUGUUUGAAAUAAAAAUUCUGGGUUAUUACCUCGAGUUUUCCGCUCUUCCAGAGAAUUUCUUCUUCCUCCUCUGAUACUUGCCGAGCUUUGUUUGGGCGCUUACCACGGCCAGCCAAGCGAAGCUGUUUCGCUUUUUCCUCCAACACCUCUUCGGACGAACUAAAUUCUCGGUCACGUACAAUGGACAGGGUGCAGCCUUUGUUCUUUAAGUAUCUAUCAAGCGAUGCCUUCAUUACUUUAAGGCUUUCUGGUUCAUAAAUCUUCACCUUUUUUGUAUUGUUUACUUCGGCGUAGAAAUGCUCGGGCAAAGUGUUAAGCUCAGCCGGCUCAUAAUUUUCUAUUUCAUCAGUAAUUUCCUUACCUACGCACCAAUUCUUCCAAAAAGAGAGCCAAAAACCAGUGCUUUUCGCAGUGUUUUCGUUUUUAGAGCAGUUUUUCAGCUCCUCUACAGUUGUUUCGGUCGCAAAAGCAAAUGUGCUGCAAUCGCCAACCACUGCGGUUUUUGCUCGAAACUGGUCCGGCCGGAGCGGAUCCAAAUUUUGCGCCAUUUAGAUGGCGCAUUUGAUUGGCUCUCAGUGAGUUCCUUUGUUUAUUAGCCGAUCAGAAUGUCACGUUUGUUACUCUUUUCUGCACUCAAUUACCUUUUUUCUGCACUGUGUUACCUAAAAACUGCAUUCCUCGUAGCCAGUCACAAUCGAGAAAUUUUUUCAUGUAUAUUAUUAUACUUGUAGUAGUAGUUCUCGGCACUGGGAACUGUUCUUCCAAAAUCGUUUACUGGAGCUUUUUCCUACAAUAGCCGCCUCGAUGUUCGUGAAGUUUAAGCGAAAUCUGUAAGAGCGUUAUCGAGAUAUUUUGGGACGAAGUUUUUAUGGUUAGAAAUACGGUAAAAAAAUGGAAAAUCUUGAUGUUCGACUGUUAUCUGUACUAAACGAAGCGCUUUUGACAUGCAAUUUCACCUUAUAGUAGUUUCAAUCUUUUUAAAAACGUGUGUGAAAGAUCAUGGAGAUACCUCCAGCCGAUUGCAAGAAAGAAGGAUUUGAUUAUUAUGUAUCGGGGCGCUCUUAUUAGCGGUAAUGUAAACAUUUCGGUCUACUUUAACAAAUUAGCGAAUAAUUUUUAAACCGCUCGAUAAUUUUUUAAAUUUUUUAAAAUUUUAAACGUGGGAGGUAUUCACUCUAAAAAACUGUAUCGAGCCACCUUAAGUUUGCUGGAGGGCCAAGUUUUUUCGGGCGUCUUCAUUGAAGGAAGCUGAGGAGGAGGAUUACCCCGGUUUGACAUUUUUCUACUAUUGCUCUACAGCCCUGUAAUUGACAGUUAAAGGAACUGUGACAGGAAUUUUAUCAAAAUUCUAACUCUAGGAACUGCCACCAAAUUGAGUGAAACAUAAAAAUAACCGCUCAAAAAUUUAAAAGAAGGUAUAAAUAACACAGCAAGUACAAAAGGAGGCCCGGAUGGACAAACUUGAAGAAGAUUGAAAUGGAUUGCAAUUGUGGGGUUUUGAAAACUUGUUAUGGCGUAACAAGUUUUCAAAGUUCAUUUUUGUUGUUUGUAACGUUUGAUAUAAUGCUUUGGAAGUGUAUUCGUUGAACAAAAAGCUUUUAUUUUGUCGUUUACGAGUAAUUUCUUUUUUACCGCCGCCUGGUUAGCUCAGUUCGUAGAGCGCCGGUCUGCUGAACGGGAGGUCGCGGGUUCAAACCCAGGCCGGACCAACACUUUAACUGAUCUGUUCUCGUGGGACGUAAAAUAACCCACACCACUGUUCGAAAAGAGUAGGGGACGUAGACCCCGGUGUUGUGGCCAACCUUUACGGGUUGCGGGAUUGGGUAGGGAUAGCACCUCGCAUGGGACCUGUGAGUCCCGUUCGCGCCUAUUCCCUGGUUAAAAAAGGCUAAAGAAAUAUAAAGCCGUGACACUGAGCCCAUAGUUGUACGAAUUUUAUUUUUCGUUUUCACUAGCUGUCAUUAUUUUUCGACAUCCUUCUUUGUCUGGCUGAGGAAAUAACUGAAUCAGACUUUGUCGAUGGUGAAAGAAGCGGCUCGUAUGGACGCAGCACUCGGAUGGGAAGAGAAUGCAGCUUAUCAGAGGACAUGAUGUUGAUGAAAGCAGUAAGAGCCUCUCUGUGGAAGCUUCUCAGAGGAAUUACACUGAAAGGAGGUCAGUUUAAUGAUGGCUACGAAAGGCCCGGGGGUACUCCCUGUAAUGGUCCACACGGGGGGCUCCGCCAGAAAGGGCCAAAAUGACGCUGGUUCACGCGCGCCCACUGACUACUUGGUAUUGCGAAAAUCUCGUCCUCGUACAUGUAGUCGACCUUUUCUUAGAAUCUAAAGGCCUUUAUUAUAAUUGAGUAGUCUCCUAUCCAGCGGUUCUUUGCUUCGUUCGGCUGCGUUUUAGACUUACGGAUGAGAAGGCGGAUAAAUGUUUUACGAGUUUCCCGACAUCUUUGUCAAAGACAUGAUAUGUCCAGAAAACAAGGUUUAAUAAAUCAAGUUCUGACUGAUUUUAUUUGCAUGCCUUUCUCAACAGUUGUGAUUGAAAAUGGCGAAUUUGACUACAUGAUUCCCUCAGCUGAAUGCUACAGGAGACAAAUGCUUAACAGUGCUGAAAAGUUUGGCAGUUUUCCUUUGGAAUCCAAUAACCACACCCACGUUUGUUUUCACCAGGUACUUUGCAGCGGAGCAGUCUUUCUUCACUUAAUGCGUGCAAAAUGGACAACAUUGUUUGGCAAACUUAUCUUGUUCAAAUGUCUGUCCCUUAAACGUUGUUUACAAUUGUUGAACUUUGUAGCAAGUUAAAGUUUUAGCAGUCAAGAAGUUCUGAGAAGUGUCGAUUGUUAAUUUCCAAAAUUGAAUAAAUGAAAUAAAUUAUAUUUCUAAGCCCUGCCGCUAAGCCCCCAGUCAAAAGAACAAAUAAGUCCCUCCCCCAGUGGGGCUAAAUAGGGGAACUAGAGCACUUAUUAUACGCACAGCUGAAAAUUUUUUUUUCGGAAACCUCGAUAUAUGGGAUAUGGGGAUUUUGGCCAUGAUGAUAGAGUCAGUCAGUUCCAUAAACUUGAAUGAUGGAAAGGCGAAUCUUUGUUUACAUUUUUGCCUCAUUAACAUAUGCCCAUAAUUCUGUAUCUGAUGACCCCCCCCCCCCCCGCCCCCGCUUUCGAAUUUAGUUCGUAUAAACGGCCACGGCGUUUGUGAAUUUAGUCAUAUGUUAAUGAGGAAAAAUGUAACCAAUGACGUCAGCAAAAAUUAGCCUAUAGCUUUAGAGCUAAGAUUUUCUGCUUGAGGACUUUCAAAGGAAAGUAUACGUGGGAAUGAAUAGAUGUUUUCAUGGUGUUAGGAGACAAAUGUCGCUAUUUCUUCAAAUAGGACGAGGGUAGAAAAGAUGCAGUCGUGGAAGCCUCCUCUGUUGUAGUGAAUUCCAUCGUUGAAGGUGGAAUCAGCAUUGGAAAGGAAUCUGUUGUAUCACACUGUCAUUUACAGGUACUAGGACCCAAGUAUAUGCCUAGCCACACCUUUGCAUGUGCCUAACGACAGGUAGCUAACUAGCUCGCUACUUGCCGACUGACUGACCCACCAACCUACCUAUCUACAUGUAUCUACCUACCUAUCUACAGACCAACCGACCAACCUACCUACCUACUGACCGACCAAAUGACCGACCAACUGACCAGCUUACCUGUCUACCUGCCUACCAACCGACCAACCUAACAAUCUACCUACCUACCCACCUACCUACCUGCCAACUUACUUACCUCUCUACCUCUCUUGCAUAUGUAGCAACUUAAAGUUGUGCCCACCUCCACCUAUCUAUCUUUCUAGCUACCUAGCUACCCACCUAACUAUUAACCUGCCCAUAUGUGUCCCACCUACGUACCUUCCUUCUUACUGAUUUCCACUUCUUACUUAUAACAUCAACAACAACGAAUUUGUUCGUUUCGAAGUUGUCUGUUACCUGCAUACCUGCUCAUUUGCCUACCUUCCUACGUUCUUACCUACACACCACGAUAAUUGUUAUGUACCUAAAAACUUUAACCUUGACUAUUGAAUUAUAGGGAAAUGUGACCGUUGGUCCAGGUAGCGUUCUGGCGGGGAUUGCUCCUCGAGAUUUCAAGGUCAGUUAUAACAUGAUUGAGACAUUGAUAAGGAUCUACAGUAAUUAAAAUCUGCAUGCGUCAUUAAGUAGGAACGUUUCUUAUCUCUUGAAUAUCUUAUUUUCCCUUCUCACGUUAACCCUACAAUGGAUAUGGACACUCCUUCUCCUGUAAAUGAAGCUGCUUCUUCUCUAGCCUGCGAGCAAGCUCUGCAUUUCAAGUGUCUUGCGAAGCAAGCCACUCGAGAACGCGCGAGUGACGCCGCGAAGGGCGAAGCAAAGCGAGCCAAGAGAAAACGCAUGAGCGAGGGACGAAGGAAAGGAGAGCUACCCCUUUCUUUUCCCCAUUUCCUCGCUCGCGCGCUUCCUUUCGCGUGUCGCUCACGCGUGACUUCUCACUAUAUCCCUUAAAUGGAGAACGUGCUCGCAGGCUACUUGUUUUCUUCUAUAACAGUUAAAUUGUGUGUAUUUUAUCACAGGGUCUCAGUAGAGAAACCACCCUCGCUAAAGAUCUCUGUAUCCUUGGAUUCAAUGUAUCGCUUCCAGGCCUGAAGGGCAAAUCUGAGCGUGUCCUGGUGGUUUUCGGUGUUGGGGAUCAGUUACAGGUGAGGCAGCGGACGAAAUGACAAAGAAGUCUUUUAAAAGUUUUUGUGACAUGAAGUGAAUUCAUUCGCAGAAUACACGUAUAGCCGUCGCAUUUGUCCGCUGCAGUUUUUCAGCACGCAAAUGCAAUGGCUAUUGCUGGUUUGCACAUGACGUCACGGCGGCCAUGUCCGUGGUCAAGAACAAUAGCAUUCUCCCCUCUGGGAAGUAAACUCUAUUUUCAUUUAAAUUCUUCGAGAAAAACGCCACAACAUGGCCGCCUUGUCAGGUGGUUGCAAACCAAGAAUACGUAAAUGCUGCAAAGAAAUCCACCAUUAUAAAUUUAUGCAAUUCUGGUUAUCAUAAACUACACAUUCUCCCAAUUCAGAUACUUAUAUUGAACUGAGUACUUGAUUAGAUUAUAUUCACCUACUGUUUGGCCAAAGAAAUUACACUUGCAUUGCUUCAGGGUAUUUUAUCUUCCGGUUUUUUCCCUAACAGGAGUUGUCGUCAUCAUCAACUAGUACUUAUUGUAACAGACCUUGGAAAACGUUUUUCGACAGAACAGGAAUCAACCAAGAGGAAGUUUGGAUAGGAGUGGUGAGUCUAAAAAAAAUUCGUUUUAACGGCGUUGCAGCCUACCAGGCCGGGAUUACUCAACAAAAGUUUCAUACGGGGAGACUCCGCCCCGAGGUUAAACCCCUUACACUUUUAUGUACCAUUUUUUGGCAGAAAAGCGACCACCUUCCGCACACCUUUUAUUGACUAAUGGUACCCCUUUCACAUACCUAAUUUGGAACACCACAUUCCUUUUACCUGCUGUAAAUGCAUUAUCCUUUAAAAAUAUGAAUAAAUCACCAAGGCACAAAGUUUUCCUGAUCUUUUGCAAAGCCAAAAAAUGCGUCUCUUAGCCCUGUUGGGCUAACCCGAAAUGACAGAUUUUGUCACCAUUUGUUUACCCAUGUUAGUAUUUGAAAAAUGAGUCCCUCUGUUUAUGAGCGCCUCCCUCGUAUCCCAUCAUACCACACUUGACGCACUCCUUUGUUUCACGAAAACAACCUCGGUCCCAGGGCUUUCCAUUUACCUUUAGGGGAAAAACCUUGGGGAAAAAACAAAACAAUAACCUUCCGCAUUUUCAGCCUGAACAGCACAGAUCUCUUUACAAUGCAAAGAUGUUUCCUGUUGUUCACCCUUUCGACGUGUUGAAUGAAGAUGCUGGGAAAGAUGAUAUCUUGUGGUUGGCCUACACCGGAGUAUCAGAAGUAACUGAUCAGCAGAAGAUCAACAGGUCAGUUUUGUCCAUUAGUAAUUAAUUUUUGGCUUAGUCCAAGAGUGAAAUUUUUGCUCUUUCUGCCCCCUACACUUUGCAGCUUGUCACUCUUUCUUAAGUUUCCUCUUGUGUCCUCUUUUAUUUUCUCAAAGCGUCGGACUUCAGACGUGCAGAAAUUUUACUGGUAUGGUAACGUGACGUCACACUUCUUUCUAUCUUACUUGAAGUAUAUAAAGGUGGUAUCGCAUUUCUUUCAGUCGUUGAACCUGAAUUGAAAUAAUUCAUGUUUUAGGUGGCGUUCUUCACUGAGGCUCUCCCUAGAAGACAUCAUGAGGACUAUUGAUACCAAUGCAGAGUUUUGCUGGAAGAAGAAGCUUUGGUUUGAAAUUGGAAAAACUGAAGUUGUUAACACGUUGACGAGUUGUAGCAGUAACUGUAUUCUGCCCUUCUUUAAGAGCUGUGCAAAAGAGGGAUUUGACUCGCAGAUAUUGGAGGUUUUAGAUCAAGGUAAUGAAAGUGUUGUUUUUUUCUUUUCUUUUCUUUUUUUUUUUUUAAACAAAAUCUGUGUUUCGAAUCUAAAACGUCUCUUUCGGAUCUAAAUGUGGCAGACGGUAUGCAUUUGACCACUAAACGUUUCUAAAGUAUCAGCCUUUAAGUUUUUGUAGUGAUUCGUUCAUAAUUUGAUCGAUCGAGAAUAGAUCGAUGUGUAGGCCUGAAAGGCGUCGACAGGACACGUGGCCAGGAGUUUGCCGUUACUGUUCAGAUGCUUUGUCACCGAGUCGUGGAUCCCAACAUCGCAAGUAGUUAACUUGCCAUCACUUGCCAACAAGUCAAAAUAGCUGUGGGUCUUCUCUCGCUGCAUGUAGGUAACAAACAAUUGCCGUUCACUUGCCAGCGUCCCUAGAAGCCUCUAGGAUUUCCAAAAAAAAGGUACAGAGAAGAUUGCAACGGGUGGUCUCUUCCAUGGCAAUAUUGGUGCAGCAUUAACACUUGUUUAUUGUAUCCCAAUCAGGGUUGCAUGGCGCUAGCAUGAUAUUAUUAUUAUUAUUAUUAUUAUUAUUAUUAUUAUUAUUAUUAUUAUUAUUAUUAUCAUUAUUAUUAUUUUUUAUCAUCAUCUGAGUCAAUUGCAAUUAUUGUUAUUGCAGCGACCUUUACGUCUCUAGGAAAAAUAAUAAUCCCCUUGAAUUUAAUGUGAACACGUUUGCUAAUUUCUUUGUUUGCCUUCCCCAGUUGCAUGCAGUACAAGUUCUCCAGGUGUGGCCGCUCGGACUCUGGCGUGUAUUGCUGACGUGUUAGGUGCUAUGGCAGGAGAGAGAGCUGGGCUGAGAAGUGGUCCAGCCCGCAAUGAAUCCUGGAUGCAUGCCUUUGAACUCCUUGAUGUAUGUCCAUAAACCUUAAAGCGUUAGCUCUGUACAAAGGUCCACUCUUCAAUGAACGCUUACACUGUUUUUGGAGGACGCUAUCGUUCAGUCCACUGGCCAAAUCUAGGCGAAAUUGGGCGGGAAACUGAGUGAAGCGCCAUCCCUUGAAACAGUCCCACAAUACAUUUCGACACAACACCGAGUCACCGACACCAGUCUCACGUUAUAUUUCAAAUGGCUACUAUUUUUUACCACGCUUUAGUCCCGCUUUGAAAGGCCAAGAUACCAAGUUUGUAAAUAGCAAUCUUAAGAUCAUAAUGCAAGGGAGAGGAGACCUGUGACGUCAUCUUACCAUAGUAGCAAAAUUCUGGAUCUCAUCAAUCUUUCUUGACAGACACGACCAUUUGCAUUGUCGAACGAUGAACGAAACGUAUGGGCUGUCGUUUUGUUCCUGGGUGCAGUUGUGCACGGGAAAGUCGUGCAUGUCAAUGUUUAAUUUUUUUCUGCCUUAUUUGCAGGGUCACGUUUUGUUGAGACCCAGAAACUUUGCUACCAUGGCAACGUGACGUAACGACGUCUCCUCUCUAUUUUAUAACCAAUCAUUCUAGGCAGUACAUAUCUCCACUGAAGUUGUCAAUGUUUGCGGUUUGCAAACUGGUAGGGGUAGAAUUUGAUUGAAAUCUUACAAACUGAGGCUAAAAAUUAUCCUCUUUUCCCCCUUUUCAGGCUCAAAAAAAGUGUGUUGCACAUAAUUGAAGCUGUAGUUUACCAAAUUACCAAAUGCUGUACCUCAAUUUUCAUGCGCGGUCUUUUAAUACCCUGGACACAUUUGAAACGCCAGUUUAUCAACGAAAGGUUUUAAUGUUCUGUGCGGCUUCUCUUAUAUUUUUAGAGAGGAGAAAUAGCAGCAGGAGUGAAAGCCCUUGCCUCAGAGCGAUCCAAAUGGCUUGACAGGUAUAAAAAACAAUCUUUCAUGCAUUAGGACGUUGAAGUUGUAGACGUGAAGUUAAGACGUCCCGCUUGUAUGCUGAGCCGUAGCGCAAAUUCAAUUCAUCUUCAUUUCAAGUGGUUAAAUAAAUACCGGUAAAGUAUUGGCGGAGAAGACCCCUUCUCUACUUCCUGGUGGCUCUUGCUACUCUUACUGGGAUAUGCUCCAUACGUCUGGGCCUCUCUACUGGUGUUAGCCUUUCUGUCCCCCUCUCGCUUUCGCAACAAUCGCCUCUCCCACUGCGCGCUGUCCAAAAUACAAAUUGGUUACUUUGUGUGGUGAUAAGAUGAUUGGCAAGAGUAAUAAAAAAAUCCGUGACCUCAUAAUUUAGUGGCUAGUUGUUAAGCUUAUGAUUUUUCCUUCAUAGACCAGAUCUGCUGAUUCGUGCAGCGCGACAUUAUGAAGGAGCAGAGCAGGUCCUAAGACGGAAGGCAGUACUCACUGCUUCAGAGGUGUGUUACUCUACAUGGGUGAUACAAACCUUGCUUUAACGGGCACCGUCACCACAAUGAUUGUUAGCUCGCUGUGACUUUAAUUUGGCAUCUGCUGGAUCAAGGGGAUCAAGAAAGCAGAAAGAUGGGUUAGGGGUUAAGCCACCAUGACUAAGUUUUAGCGGAAGGGAUGGAAACUAUGUUUCCUAGUCUGAACUGAGGCCACUAAGUUGGGGGAAGGGGAAGGGGGUCGAAAUUAUGCUUCUCAGUCCAUAACUUAAGCCACUAAGAGGGGAGAUGUGGGAAUUAUACUUCUUAGUCUGUAACCGAAGCAAUUAAGUUGGGGCUAGGGGAAGGAAUUAAAAUUAUGCUUCUCAGUCUAUGACUUUAGCCACUAAGUUAAGAAGAGGGGAGGGGUUAAAAUUCGCUUCUUGGUCUGUAACUGAAGCGACUAAAUGGGGGCGUGGAGUGGACAGGUGGAAAUUAUGUUUCCGGUCCGUUACCUGCCUGUACUCAAAGAGACCAAUGACCGAGCUCUCCCUCUGAGGUUGGUUUGGAGCAGACAGCUUAAUCAGUUCGGUGGUCCUUAAUCCUACAGUGAACAAACUUUACAGCCUACUGAAAGCGCAUUUAACACUCGUUUAAAAGAUUGUGAGCUCAUUUAGAAUGAAGCUUCUUUAGAACUACUACUGGUACUUCCGGCCCAAAAUGUCUUUCUUGACAGUCUUUUCGUGACGUCUUUUGGAUACGUUAUAUCAACUCACUGAUUCUGUGGUUGCAUUCUGUUAGUUUUUCCACACUGAGCCGUGUGAACCAACUCCUAUGGGCCAUUGGGUGACAGCAGAGGCGCCAGGUAAGCCAACGUUCUCUUGUUAUAGUGCUUUUUUCCAUUUCAUGUGGUGUUCACGUUACCGAGAUCAUGUCACGUCAGUUCGUAUUGCAUCACGCAUGUCACGUCUUGACAAAUGACGUCAGAGAGACACGACACGACACCUCGUGGAAAGAAGCGAGAAGCUCCUUUGGGAGAGUUGUUCUAUUUAUGUCUACAUUUACGCAAUGCUUCAAAAAGCUGGAUAAAACUAUCUUGGAAUUCUAGCCUGGGAACAGGCUCCGCAGUGGUGGAAAAAGGCAAAAAACGGGGUCAAAUAGGAAAAACAUCGGUAAGCGAAGAGAACCCAGCGGUUGUCUGAGGAGAGGGAAAGGGCGGAAUUCUUGCGUUCGGGGUGUUAAGUGCGAGGGCGAGGAGGGGAUGGUGGAGGGGAGAUUUUUGUAGAGGGACACCAUAUGGAUUUGUGGGCAAAGGAAGGAAUUGUGUUUUGGCCAUUUUUUUGAUGAGGGUAUAUCUCUACUUUUUACUAGUUUUUAAAAGGAGGAAUAAUUCAGGUAAUAGGUUGUAAAUUAGGUAGGCAAAAUCACACAUUUGGAAUAAAGCGCGUAAAGAUUGAAUGUCUUCAAGAACCACUGAUCGUUUAUUUUAUAGGAGCCACACUUACCUCGAAGUCCGCGCCUUGUUUUCCUAAGCCCACUUUUUGGUGUUUAGAUUUUAGGUGAAAUACUGUUUCAAGUGUGAUAUAUUGACUAUUACUUAAAAGGUUCCCUCCUAAACCGCGGCAGAAUUAGGUCAGUCGGUGGAGAGUGUGACUGCAGAGCGGAAGGUCGCGGGUUCGAUUCCCGGGACCGGACCAUUGCUCAGGGUCUUAAAAUAACUAAGAAAUGAAGGUACUCCCUUUGCCCUACAAGCGGCGAGACCUUCGCGUGGCUCGGAUGACCACGUAAAAUGGCGGUCAAAGUAGUGUCCCCAAUUAGUACUUUCGUGCUAAAGACAUUGACAUUCAAAUAAAGUGCUUUUUUAAAAACCUUUUCGUCCAUUAUUGGCUUCAUGUUCUAAUUGCCAUGUUUCCUUUCAGCCCGUAUAGAUCUUUCUGGUGGGUGGAGUGAUACGCCUCCAAUUACCUACGAACAAGGUGGUACAGUGCUUAAUGUUGCAAUUAAACUCAAUGGACAGGUGAAGAAGUUUUUUUAUUCCCUAAGAAUUGAAUUCACUCAUGUGAUUUGAAUGUUAUAUUAGAGAGAUUUAGAUUGAACGUUUACGGCGGCAAACGGCAAACGUCGGGUUCAGGUUAAGAAUGUCUCAAAAUAGAAAACUUGCAGCUAAAAGCAACCCAAAACAAUUGUUGCAGAGCAAACUAACGCGGGGUAGAAGUAAUGUACAGUAAAGCUCAAAUUAAGGGAAUCUUGGUCACGUGGUGCAAAUUUGUGCAUGCCGUUCGCCCUAAGCGUGACUCUCAAUCUCCCUAUUAAUGGACCUUUUUACCGAUACGGCGGCCAUAUUGAAUUAAUUCGAUUUAAGGAGUAUUAUAGGAUGCCCAGGGGGCAUGAGCACAUUUUGUUUGUAUUUUCGGGCGCUUUUCGGGACAUGUUUUCUUUAAGUUUUCUUAGAAUAAGAUUGUAAUGGGAAAAAAGAUUCUUGUGCCGUGUUUGGAUGUAAUAAUGAUCGUCCUUUUCUAGUUUAGUAUUAGAAAUAUGGUCUUUCACUGUAUAUUUCUCGGGAAAAAGGCGAUCAUUAUUACAUCCAAACACGGCACAAGGAUCUUUUUUUCCAUUACAAUCUUAUUGUAAGAAAACUUUACGAAAAAAUGUCCCGAAAAGCCCUCAAAAAUACAAACGAAAUGUGCUCAUGCCCCCUGGGCAUCCUAUAAUACUCCUUAAAUCGAAUUAAUUCAAUAUGGCCGCCGUAUCGGCAAAAAGGUCUAUUGUGGAAAUGGCUAGAUUCCAUAGCUCAAAAGGAAGUCUGUGAGCCCGCGAGACUAAGCACCCCAACCCAAACCUUGUUUUCACUAAAACCGCUGGGCACUGCCAACUCCUUUUGAGCUGUGGAAACUAGUCCCUACCAUUAAUUGUAUUCACCUUCCCAGUGCAACUCGGCCUUGUGCUGUAGUUCUCUCGUUCUAGCUGUCACUGAUGUCACUCCUGCAAUCUCAUUCCCAGAGUCCGCGUUACCCUUGCAAUUAGAGAGCUUAAGCAAAGACGUUUUUGAGCGACGCACGUCAACCGGAAGUAAGACCUUUUCCCUCUUCACCAGCCUUGACGAUAUAAAAUUUGUAUUGCUUAGCUUUUUUACUCUUAUAGAGACGAUUUGACUGAAAAUUUGGGUAAAACCAUCAAAGUAAAAAGGCCAUUUCCGGUUGACGUGCGUCCCUCAAAAACGUCCUUGCUUAAGCCCCUAUUGUCCAGCGGAACGGGCAACGGGGACAAGGGUAACUCAGACUCUGGGAACGAGAUUGGCACUGUUGCUCAUCCUCUGUAUCCAAACAGUGAGUCGCAUGUAACACUGGCCAUAGUCUAGGUAAUCAAACUUCUCAUGAGAAUAACAGAAAUGUUCACCAUAGACAAAUGGUACCUUCUUCCAAGCAAAUUUUCAAUAUUGAUACUAUUAAAAAUACUUGGAGAACAGUGUCAGAAAUAUUUGUCUUAAUUUUAGUGCUGAAAAGGUUGUUAUCCCUUACGUAACGUUUCUGUUAACGGCCCACUCUGCUACGUUGCUUUGAUAUGACGAAGGGUUUGUUACAUCAAACAGUGUCUCCUGCAAGUUGCGCUAGUUGCUUAUUGAUUAUCGAAUUCUAUUUCAAAGAACGUAAUUUUGAAGACAAUUUCUCAUCUAAAAUAGAAUUAAGUGGAUGAAUGAAAACAAACAUGGCGGCCGCGAGCUACCACCCGCGAAUCUUAAGUCCCAAAUAUGGGCAGACGGGUAACGUGAAACUGUUAACCGCAAACCGCAGUUUGUCGUUUACAGUGAAAUGACCAAACCUCGACUUUAAGGUCUCUAGUAAGUAUGGUUGCGAGCACUUUUCAAUGUUUCUUUCCUUUAUUGUAGAAAGUCACAAAAGCUCGGGUUAGGAAAAUAAAGGAGUAAGUAACCAUUGUAUUUCUAGCUUCGUUUAAAAGUUGGAUAGCGCUUUCCACUGGAUAAAUCACCAUAAGUAUCUUAUUAGGGAAACCAACUGCGAAAUCCACUGGACAGAGAUUUUUCCGGUGGAUAGCGCUAUCGAUCUUCUGACAAAUGGCGCCUGGGUAUUAUAACAUUAAGAUUGCAUAUUAAAAUUUUAUUACCCAACCGCACUGAGCAACUAAAAGGACGAGGUCUCUUCGGAAUGGGCGUUGUUUGCCUAUCACAAAUAUAAAAUGACAAAGUCUUUAGUUAGCUAACCGUUCGUUAAGCCUUCUUAGGCCGUCUCAUCCAGAGAUUGUCAAAGUUCGCGUGAGUAUUGUAAACCGCCCUUUUGGAUGAUGCUUGGCAGUCUAGCCUCCUGGCAUGAUAUCAUUCCGCGUUGACUGCAAACAGUCCUCCAUUUUCCCGUAAGAUCAACGAGAUCGAGCGCUUUGCGUUACGGACGGCCAUCUUGGAUGAUUGACGCCCGCCCUCUCGGUACAUGUGAAACCAACAUGGCUGCCCCUGACGCAAAGGGCUCGAUUUUCGUAUGCAGCUAUUUCGAGAAAGGUUGUCGGAAAAAAUGUGCACGCGACAAUCCCGAAAGGUAACAUGAGAUAUGAUCAAUACACUGUUCCUGACGAUUGUAGCUGCCGAAUUUAUUUGUGGUGCUUUCCUUUAGCACUCGCAAACAUAUGUCCAUGGCCUCAAGUGCCAUUCUUUCAAAUUUCUUUGAAGAAAAGUGAACUCAAAACCACCCACAAUACCUUUUCGCGUGCACUUUUUCCGACAACCUUUCUCGAAAUAACUGUAUAUAAACUUGCGGGCUCCUUUGAUCGCCGCAAGUAUUAGGUGAUGUGAUGCGUAAAUGAAAAGUGAUUGCCUGACAUACAUCCUUAUUUUUUAGGCUAGAAAUUGCCCUCGUAAUCCAUGCAGAGGACCAUAGUGUUAGGGUUGUGUGCAGUGAACUAAAACACUUAGAAAAUUACACUCAACCGAACGCUCCAGGUAAGAUUUGGCUCAUACACAUCUACAUCUGAGUGAUUUAUUUCUAUGGUAAAAUGUUUCAAAGGAACAGUCAUCAAUUUGUACAAUACUCGAAGUAGUUAAUAACAGAAAUCAAUAAGUCAAAGUUAAUUUAAAAGAAAUCAAUAAGUCAAAGUUAAUAUUGACAAAACGAUAUUUUAAAAAUAGUUUUUGCCACGAGAAAAAACAUAUAUCUAUAUAGACAAAAAUAUAUAAAAAAUAAGUCAAUGUUAUAUCUUAUUAUGGAAAAUACUCGGGUCCCUGAAUUUUUUGGUAUAUUUUCCAGUAAAACACUCGCGUCUAUAUAAUAAAAACAUAUAUCUACAUAUAUAGAAAUAAGUCAAUGUUAUAUCUUAUUAAAAAUUACUAUUUCUCAGCUAAAAAGCUGAGUAACUUAGAUUCAAAUAUUCCUGAGAAAUUUGACUCAACGUUUUCCUCGGGUAACCGAUUCCAUAGUCUUAUGUUCCGUGGAAAGAAGGAAUUAAAGUAAAUAUUCUUCGUUGUCUUAACUUGCCUAUAUCUACAACCGAUUCUAAAUUCAGAAAGGAAUUGUAGAUAGGUAUUAACAUCAAUACCAAUUUGCCUACGACUCGUUUUGUACAAAAGGGUUAGUCGAGUCACGGUUAUGUUUAAUUACGGAAAGUAGACUUUUUUAAACUCCCUUUUUUGGGAUUCUUUGCCAGGCAAAGAAGUCGACUUAUCGAGAACCAUAUGGUAUCUAAGUUCACAGUGUAGAGGAAGAAUCAUUGUUUAUGGGCUAAAUCUAGUUAAACUCCAUCUAUAGCCUUUCCUUCUUUUUUUUAAAGCAUUGUGGUGAUGAUUUCUGUUUACGCUAUACUGUUAAAGUUAAAGUUAAGUGCUCUUUCCAAGAGCUAGUGUAACUGAUAGAUAAAAGACCAUUUUACAGUUGUGGGCUUAGUAUCCUAGCCUUUAAUUGAACGCGAGGCUGAGGUUGACCUUGUUUUAAUACAAACCUUUCCCCUUUUCUUUUGGAAAUUGUGCUUAAAAAUGCUAGUUGGCUUAAUGAUAACAUAAUGUACUCAAUAAAGCAGGAAGGAUUGUAUCAAAACAAGGUCAACUCCAACCUCGCUUUCAUCUGUAACUGAAAAAUGGGCUAUUAAGCAGCGUGCAAAGAAAGUAGUGUCUGAUAGCCCGCGGCUAGUGGAUUUUGCUAUCGGGCUAGUGAAUUCUGUUUUUAACUUGCCCGAUGGGCAAGUCAUAUUUUUUAAGGAAUUCGAAUAACAGAAGAACUUUGCAAUCAGUUCUACUCGUCAAAAAGCAUUUUGGGCUAGUUGAGAUGACGUCUAGGCUAGUGAAUGCUAGCUUCAGCUUGCCCGAAUGGCAAGCUGUAAAAUGAUUUUCUUUGCACCCUGUUAAGCCUUGAACACGGUAUGGAUUUUUUGUUGUUUUCUCUCAGGGGCACUGCUUAAAGCCUGUUUCUGUUUACUCGACAUUGUGGAUCUUUCGUCGAAAGAAACUUUAACAGACCAACUGAGAAACCAAUUCUACUCGUCAAAAAAAGAUGACGUCUAGGCCUUCAGCUUGCCCGAAUGGCAAGGUUUUGAACCCUGUUAAGCCUUGAACACGGUAUGGAUUUUUGUGGUCAACGGCCUGUUUCCUCGACAUUGUGGAUCUUUCGUGGCUUGGGAACGAGGUUUUGA